AUGGCUAGAAAUUUUGAUGAUAUGUUCAAUGAGGCUUUGUAUGGCAAAAGAAGACGACAAGAUAACACACUCAUAGAUAACUGGAUCGAUGAGUAUUUACUCGAAGAUUCAGAAGAAGAAGAUAUUGAUAGAAGUCCUAUCCCAAUUACUCGUAGAUGGAUCAACAGAGAUCGAGAAGCAAGACAUGAUCGCCUUUUCCAAGAUUACUUUGCAGAUGAACCGGUGUAUAAUGCUGACAUUUUCCGACGGAGAUUUCGAAUGAGAAGAGAUGUGUUCCUUCGGUUAGUACACGCUCUCUCAAAUGUCUAUCCGUAUUUCCAACAGAGGGUUGAUGCAACUGGAAGAAGAGGCUUGUCGCCACUUCAGAAAUGUACCGCUGCGAUACAGAUGUUAGCAUAUGGUGUAGCAGCUGAUGCUGUUGAUGAUUAUGUGCGCAUAGGUGAGAGCACUACAAUUGAAUGCUUGGAAAAAUUUGUUGAAGGUGUCAUUUCCGUGUUCCAGGAUGAAUACUUGCGAAAACCCAAUCCAAAUGACGUACAACGCCUGCUACAAAUGGCGGAGGGUCGUGGCUUCCCUGGCAUGUUGGGUAGCAUUGACUGCAUGCAUUGGCAAUGGAAAAAUUGUCCAAAGGCGUGGAAAUUUUCUGGUUCAAAUAAUGAUAUCAACGUGUUAGAUCGUUCUCCAGUGUUUGAUGAUAUUCUAAAUGACCGUGCUCCGGAGGUAAAUUAUACUAUUAAUGGUAAUAAUUAUACAAUGGGAUACUAUUUAGCUGAUGGUAUUUAUCCUGAAUGGGCCACAUUUGUCAAAUCAAUCUCAAAGCCACAAGAUGAGAAACGCAAGUUAUUUGCACAAUACCAAGAAGGGCAAAGAAAAGAUGUGGAACGAGCAUUCGGAGUGUUACAAGCACGCUUUGCAAUUAUACGUGGUCCAGCUCAUUUUUGGGAAAAGAAAAAACUUGCCAACAUAAUGAGAGCUUAUAUUAUAUUGCAUAAUAUGAUUGUUGAGGAUGAAAAAGACAGUUAUGCAGGAAAUUUUACUCAAGGCUUAGAGUAUGAUGAUGUUGAAAAUGACUUAUCACAACCUCAGCUGGGAGAGGAAGAUUUUGCACCAUACCAUCAAUUUCUUCAAAGAAAUGCCCAACUUUGA